GCACUGCGCGAGCGCGCGGGGGUGGGGGCUACGUGGGGCGGGAGGCGGGGGGGCAUAAAGGCAGUGGUUGCGCGCGACUGUAGGGGCUGUCCGUACCGCCGUGCACAAAACACACCUACACAAUUACCCACACAGCUACACAUUAACACACACACACACACACACACACACACAUUUACAGUUACACUCGGUCACCCACUCACUGUCUCACACAUACGCGCGCGCGCCUUCGCACACCGUACGACCGCGGUACUGACAGGACUGUCACCGGCCCCUCACCGACGUCUUCCUCAGUACCUUCUCCAUCGGCUGCAUCACGUGGGAACGCGCAUCAUCAUCAUCAUCAUCAUCAUCAUCGUAAUUUUCCUUCAUCAUCAUCAGCAUCAGCAUCCAGAGUCCGGCCCCUUCAAAGCUCAUCCGAACGGCGGGUCGCCGGAUGACGGUCCGGAUGACGGACCGAACGUCCCUCUGAACGUCCUGGCCUGGCUGUGAAGAACGCGCUCGCUUGUACGCGGGUCUGAACGCGGGUCCGAAUGACGGGCGGGCGGUUCGACUUCGACGACGGCGGCUCGUACUGCGGCGGCUGGGAGGACGGGAAAGCGCACGGCUACGGCGUGUGCACGGGCCCCAAGGGGCAGGGCGAGUACGCGGGCUCCUGGUCGAACGGCUUUGAGGUGGUGGGGGUGUACACCUGGCCCAGCGGGAACACCUACCAGGGCCACUGGGCGCACGGCAAGCGCCACGGCCUCGGGGUCGAGAGCAAGGGCAAGUGGACCUACCGCGGGGAGUGGAGCCACGGCUUCAAGGGCCGGUACGGAGUGCGACAGUGUGUCAACAGCCCCGCGAGGUACGACGGGACGUGGAGCAAUGGUCUGCAGGAUGGAUAUGGGGUUGAAACCUAUGGAGAUGGGGGUACAUACCAGGGUCAGUGGAUGGGAGGCAUGCGCCAUGGUUACGGCGUUCGUCAGAGCGUUCCCUAUGGGAUGGCCACAGUCAUCCGCUCACCACUCCGCACCUCCCUGGGUUCCCUGCGCAGUGAGCAGAGUAACGGCAAUGUGUUUCAGGACAUGACGGCAGACAGCUCCACCGGAGGCAGGGGUGGCUUUGUUCUCAAUGUUCACAGUGACAGCGAAGUUGGAGGCAAGAAGAAAGGUCUCUUCCGCAGGGGGUCAUUGUUCGGCAGCCUCAAGCAGUUGCGCAAGUCUGAGUCUCGCUCUUCCAUAUCAAGCAAGCGCAGCUCAGCCCGUAGUGAUGGCACUAUGAGCCGCAUCAGCUCUAGCGACGGCAACUCGUCCGUCAGCUACAGCGAGGGGCCUGAGGAAGAGCCACACACAGAAGAUAACGUAGAUGCGACCACCACUGAGUCCUACAUGGGCGAGUGGAAGAACGACAAGCGCAAUGGCUUCGGCAUCAGUGAGCGCUCUAAUGGCAUGAAGUACGAGGGCGAGUGGCUGAACAAUCGUCGUCAUGGUUAUGGCUGUACACUGUUUCCCGAUGGCACCAAGGAGGAGGGCAAGUACAAAAACAAUGUUUUGGUGCGUGGAAUCAGAAAGCAAUUGAUUCCACUAAAAAACCACAAAACCAAAGAGAAAGUGGAUCGCGCUGUUGAAGGGGCAAAGCGAGCAGCUGCUGUAGCAAGAACUAAAGUGGAAAUAGCAGCUUCAAGAACCACCCAUGCAAGGGCCAAGGCAACCGCAGCGGAUCAGGCAGCUGAGGCAGCAAGCCAGGAUUCCCUCCUCGCCAGAACCUUGGCUAGGGAGCUGUCCCCGAGCUUCCACCAGCCAGGACCUGAUUAUAUCAAGCAAAGGUUCAGUGAGACUGAAGAAAUAAAGGAAGUCCCUAAAGAAAAGCCAAAGGAUAAAUCCCCGUCAGGAAGUCCUCACUUCUACCGGAAAGGCACAACCCCCAGCCACUCGCCAAGCCACACGCCCAGCCACAGCCCUCCAUCUUCACCACAUAGCCACAAGAAGAAAGCUCACCAUAGCAAGCUGAGCAGGGAAAACAACCCACCCAGUGCCCCCCAGAGGGCAGACAGGAGUUCCACCAAAGCAGCAUCGCAGCCAACAUUUGAGAGGCAGAACUUCCCUCCUCCCAGCAUACCUAGGAGAGCAGAAGUAGCACCAGCAAACAGCUCAGGAAAUGGUCAAGUCCUCAGUCAGUAUCACAGCUACCGCGUGAAGGCUGUGGUGAAGAUCCCACCAGAGGAGCCAGAGGAACCGGAAGACAAAGGCCCGAUGAGCCAGUCUAGCCUCGCAAGGAUGCCCCCAGCCCCCCCUCGGCAGUUCCAAACACCUACUCCAAAACCCAUGAUGGCUAAGUCACUCCCCCAGGAAAGUAAAUCAGAACCAAAGCUGAAGAAGCAGGAGUCACUGAAGGCAAAGAGUCUGGCGGAAACCAAGAGGAGCAGCAUGGAAACCCAGAGCGAGACUGCAGAGCUGGAGACAGGUCCAAACUCCAUUUUGGUUGCCCUUGUGAUGUUGAUAAAUGUUGGUCUGGCGAUUAUUUUUGUUCACUUCCUAACUUGAUGGGUCUGAAAUUCAGCUGUGGAUGAAUGUUUAAUGUCAUGUAAUUUAAUGAAGUGACGCUCAAAAUGUUUUGACUCUUCAGUGAAUUCAUGACAUCUAGAGGCUUGAGCCUUAAUUCUUGGCAGUUGUGUCAAGGGACAGUCAGACACCCCCAGGCUGCGGUGUGUGGCUCGUUGAAGUAGCUGACCCCAGCACGAACCACGCGCACGCAUGACCCCUCCCCCCCAGCUGGACCAUGAUGCCGGACGUGCAGAAGGGUCUGGGUGACAGAGGCUGACAGCUGCUGGACUAUUUUACGGCUUGACGUCACGGUGGGAAGGCGCGCAAGUGGCUGCCAGGCUGUGGUGCUGCAGUCAGAUGGAUACAUCACCCCCAGUUAGCAGAGCCCCACCCCAAAGAAACUCCCCGUAUGAAGUCCAGAUCCAUCCAAACCCUCUCUGGGUUCAGGGACACUGACACAACAUGCAUGGUACUGUGUUUUUUUUUCCUUUUGUUUUUUUUUUGGUCAUUUAUAUAUUUAUUAACCUGUCAUUAACAUGUCCAACUUUCUGAUUGGAUUAAGACCCAUCUUUUCUUUUAACCUUGUAAAGAUCCACAUCUUUUUAACAACUUAAUCAUUAUGAAAAAGCCUAAUGUAAGUGCAAUAUCAUUUCAAAAGUAUUUUAAAUGUAAUUUAUUGUUCUGUAUAUUAUUUUGAUUUGUUUGGCAUUUAUUUAUUGUGUAAUAAAUGGAAGGCAGCUUUGAAGGGUUGUUUGAUUGGUUGCUGUGGAAAGCAGCUCUGCAGAAUAAUGUCUGUUGAGGGCUGCGCUUCUUUAGGGCCAUUUGAUUGGAGAAACUGAAGUCCUGAUUGGUUGGCUGUUGGAAAACAGCACUACAGACUAUUUGAUUGGCUGCUGCGGAUGGCAGUAAUGAAUUUUGAUUGGACAUUGAGGAACACACUUUGAAGUUUUUUUUGGUUAUUGAGAAAGGUAGCUCUAUGGAGCUUUUGGUUGGCUGCUGUGGAAUUUACCUUAGGGCUAUUGAAAUGGCUCCUGUGGAAGGCACUACUACAGAGUUUUUGAUUGGCUGUUGUGGAAGGCAGCUGUUUGAGACUAUUUGAUUGGCUGUUGAGGAACUCGGCUCUUAAUGUCUAUUUGAUUGGUCGGUGCUGACAGCAGCUCUGUUUCGCGUGGUUUUUGUGGAAUGCAAAACUGUAAAGCAGGAAAGAAGGCAGAAUUUGAAUGUCUUAUAGUAUUAUCCAUAAACUUUGAAGAAAUGUUGCUAAUUAGACUAGUAAUAUUUCAGAAAUAUUGUUUUGAUGAUGUGCAUGGAUUUUAGAAGAAUGGCUUACUGCUUGUAGUGUUGCAUCGGUAAGGAGAAGCGGAGGUGAGCGGGUAGCUGCCCUUCAGCACAGCGCUGAUGAGUGUGUGCAUGGAAAAAUAGAGAUGUAGUGUAUCGAGUUCGCGCUCGAUGAACACUGUAGUAAACUCAUUGAGAGAGUUACAAGGUGUGUAAGAAAAACGGUGGAUAAGGUGCCUUUACACUUACGUUUACCUCAGAGAAACCGCAGUCCUCAGAUGGACAACUUGUCUUAACAGUGCAGCAUGUUCAACAUGUGCAGUGUGUGUGGACCUUUGGGAUGCUGUGCUUUUCAGCUGGAGGUCACAGUGCCGUUUGUUACAGCUGUCAGUACAGCUCAGUGUGUGUGAAUGAGUGAGUGAGUGAGUGAGUGAGUGAGAAAGAUGGGUCUCACAGGGAUACUUUGCUUUAAUAUUUACCUGCUUAAAUGUUAAAUAGAUAUACAACAUGUACUAGUAUAAAUAGUUGGCCAAAUAUUGAGGCAAGGGCUUUCUAAAGAUAAAUCAUCUUUAUUCUAGUGUUUUUUUUUUUUUUUUUUUUUUUUUAAAUUUUGCAUGUUUUAGUUUU